UGGUAAGAGGUCUGUGUAAGCGCAUCCAUCUUCUCAAUUCCGUACCCUCAUUUCCGCCCUCUCGCUGGCCACCGCUGCUGGCCGCCGCCGUCGCACGCGGCGCAUUCGGUGUCAAUUUGUUUGGGGAGUGCUGUGACUCGACAGAUAGUUCUUCCUCUGAUAGAAUCUGAAUCCUGUUGAAGGCUUGGCAACGGAGCUAGUGGAGGUAGGGGAAAGAAGCGGAGAAAGUGGAAUCUUCAUUGAUUUUUGAGUUGAGGUACACCACUGAUGUCUGUCAAUGCAUAUGAUAAAUCAAAGUUGAUGGAUGAUACGGAUGAGGAUAAUGAACCCUUAGUUUUUAGAAGGAAUAAUGCUUCGGCAAAAAGAAGCCAAUCCAUUUCGGACACAAAGAAAUUAUUAGGGAGGUCAACAUCUGAUGGACGAUCUCAAAAUGGUCAAAGUUCUGUAGCUCCUCACAGUAAGAUAGUCUCUUCCAACAAGGCACAACCAGUUAAAUCUUCUUUGGCUACCCCAAAAUCAUAUAAUUCAGCCAAGUCAUUAUCAGUUAAGUCUUCUGAGGUGAAUUCAAGGCCUUCAACUUCAGCAACAGAUCCGUCCAACUCUUGUAGGCACCAGUUUAAAGAUGAGAAGCCAUUGGAUGAAGCCACUGAUGAACCAAAUAUGGAUUCAGAAGAUUCUGAAGAUAAUAGGCCCCUUGGUGCUAGGCUCAAGGCUGGCCUGUCAAAGGUCAACUCUAACAAUGUCAGCAGAGGACCAAAUACUUCGAAGUUGAAUCCAAAGGCCAAGGCCCCCAAAGUUGAAGAGCCUGAUGAUGACUUACCCUUGUCAUCUAAAUUUGAAGGUAAAUCUUAUGUUGAAAAAUCCACCAACAGGCCACAUAAUACUGGUGAUAGAAAACCGUUAUUGGCCAAAUGCGGUGAAAAUGGUUCUACCAUGAUUGAAAAGAAACCUUCAACUAUGUUGAAGAAGAGAGUAGCAGAUGUUGUAAAAUCUGAAGGCGAGUCUUGUGUAAAAAAAACCAAGAUUACUGAAUCAUCUACAUCCUUUAAAUCUGAAAUUAAAGAAGAAGACGAUGAGGAUCAUGUCCCUAUAUCACAAAGAAUGAAGAAAUCUACAUUGUCGUCAGAAAAUAAACCAUCAUCUGCAAAAAGCAUGUCAAGAUCUGUAUCUGCAACAUCAAAGAAAAUAAAUAAGAAACCGAAGAAAUUUAUGAAAAAUUCAAAGUAUUGCAAGUCAUCAAAGGUUUCUCCGAGUUCUGGUGACGGGCAGAAGUGGACUACUUUGGUUCACAAUGCGGUGAUUUUUCCCCCUCCAUACAAACCUCAUGGGGUAAAGAUGCUCUACAAAGGAAAGCCUGUUGAUUUAACACCAGAACAGGAAGAGGUGGCAACAAUGUUUGCAGUUAUGCUUGAUACUGAAUAUAUGACUAAACCCAAGUUCAAAGAAAACUUUAUGAAUGAUUGGCGGAAAAUACUGGGAAAGAAUCAUGUUAUUCAGGACUUGGAAAAUUGCGAUUUCACUCCGAUAUAUGAAUGGCAUCAGAGAGAAAAGGAAAAAAAGAAACAGAUGAGUUCUGAGGAGAAGAAAGCAAUAAAAGAGGAGAAACUAAAGCAAGAAGAGAAGUAUAUGUGGGCUAUUGUUAAUGGUGUAAAAGAGAAGGUUGGUAACUUCAGAGUUGAGCCACCUGGGUUGUUUCGUGGCCGGGGUGAACACCCAAAGAUGGGGAAGCUGAAAAAGCGAAUUCGUCCAUGUGAUAUCACUUUAAAUAUUGGAAAGGAUGCUCCAGUCCCCGAGUGUCCUAUCCCUGGCGACAGCUGGAAAGAAGUGAGGCAUGACAAUACAGUAACAUGGUUGGCAUAUUGGAAUGAUCCCAUUAAUCCAAAGGAGUUCAAAUAUGUGUUCCUGGCAGCAAGCAGUACCUUGAAAGGACAGAGUGACAAAGAGAAAUAUGAGAAAGCCAGGCUCUUAAAGGACUAUAUUCAAGGUAUACGAGCAGCUUAUACCAAAGAUUUCACGAGUAAAGAUCCUGGGAAAAAGCAGAUAGCAGUCGCAACCUAUCUGAUUGACAAACUAGCUCUUAGGGCAGGCAAUGAGAAGGAUGAUGAUGAAGCUGAUACAGUUGGUUGCUGCACAUUAAAAGUUGAAAAUGUUGAACCAGUGCCUCCAAAUAUCUUGAAGUUUGAUUUCCUUGGUAAAGAUUCUAUAAGGUAUCAGAAUGAUGUUGAGGUUGAGACUGCUGUGUUCAAGGCUAUCCAGCAGUUCCGAAGUGGUAAAAAAGGUAGCGAUGACUUGUUUGACAGACUUGAUACGAGCAGAUUAAAUUCUCAUUUAAAAGAACUGAUGCCUGGUCUCACAGCCAAAGUCUUCCGUACAUACAAUGCAUCAAUUACAUUGGAUGACAUGUUGAGCAGGGAGACGAAGGGUGGAGAUGUUGCCGAGAAAGUAGUAGUUUAUCAACAUGCAAACAAGGAGGUUGCAAUCAUCUGUAACCAUCAACGAACUGUCUCAAAGUCUCACAGUGCUCAGAUGUCACGCUUAAAUGAAAAGAUAGAAGAACUAAAGGGUGUCCUGAAAGAACUGCAGACGGAUUUGGGAAGAGCAAAGAAAGGUAAACCCCCAUUGAAGAGUGCUGAUGGGAAGCCGAAGAAGAAUUUGAAUCCUGAUGCAUUGGAGAAAAAGAUAUCUCAAACCACAGCCAGGAUUGAAAAAAUGGAACGAGACAAGGAGACGAAAGAAGAUUUAAAAACUGUGGCAUUGGGCACGUCGAAGAUCAACUACCUCGAUCCUAGGAUCACAGUCGCAUGGUGCAAGCGCCACGAAGUUCCCAUUGAAAAGAUAUUCAACAAGUCUCUUCUGGCAAAAUUUGCAUGGGCAAUGGACGUCGAUCCAAGUUUCAGGUUCUAACAACUGUUGUCGCCAUCCGUCACCGAUGUAGCACAGGAGCCAUAAUGCGGUGCCAAGUAAUAUUCAUUCAUUCCUGCAAAAAUCCCUUAAUCAAGAACUUGCAAUCUGAUUUAAAGUAUGGGCUGACCCAGUUAAUUUAAUUAUGUUAUAUCAAUAUGAGAAUUAUUCUUCAGCAAACUGCACACUCCCAUUUGGUUCUAUAUAUAUAUAUGUAUGAUAAUCUUGAUGGUUUGAAAUCAAUAGUGAAGAAUUUUAUUAAAGGGAAUUGGGAAAUUGGAGAUCAAUGUUGAUUUAUUCCA